AUGUGCAGGAGCGUCAUAUCUGCCUUGGUCACUAGCGAUCUCCUCGCCUACUUCGCACUCCACUGCCGACUGCCGUGUCCGCCGGCUUGCUUUUCAGAUGCGCUUCCUCCUCUGACCUUAGCCUUGAAGACUCCCAUGACGCGGGUGCACGUGGACCGUGGGAUUGUUGCCCGCUCCACAUCAGAAGAAGGAAAUGUCGACUUUCGGUGUCUGGAGCAGCGUUACAGUAAUAUUUUGCAGAGCUCGAAAGAAAUGCGUUUUUCAUGGGUGAACAGUCCGCUAAUCACUGCGCUUGAAAACGGUGACUGGAUCUUGGUAGAAAAUGUCAACUUGUGCAGUUCAUCCGUUUUGGAUCGUCUCAAUGGUCUACUGGAGAAAGACGGUGUCUUGAGCGUUAGCGAACGAGGAAUGGUUGAUGGCUCGAUCCCUACAUAUAAGCCAACACCGUCGUUUAGGGCCUUCUUUACAAUGAGCGCAGAAUACGGUGGAAUCUCAAGAGCGAUGCGCAAUCGGGGCAUUGAAAUUUACGUGCUUGCAGAAGACUCUUGGUUCAACAACAACGUUGACGCCAUUAACGUUUUGGUACGCAACUGCGGGCUGGCCGAGUCGUCGGCUAUCGCCUUGCUAAAAGUCGCUCGCCCUGCGUUGAAAGCUGGAAUGAUGUCACCAACCGAUCUGAUACGCGGUGCUUUUUCCACCAACGAAUUACUGCAACAGAACAAUGAAUCCCCGGCGUUGUGCGCCAAGACCAUGCUCAAAAACGUUCUUAUCGACGAGGCUGAUUUUGUCAUCGACAAGAUUAAUUCUGAACCUGCUGAAGAGGAACAGCCACGUUCUCGUCCAGUUUCCGCAUUACAGUGUCUGACAAACAUGGAGCUUAUUUCGUUCUUGCGAGACUCUCGCUUCGCAGAAGAUCUCAUGCUUUCUGCUGAUGGAAGGUAAUA